AGAAUCACACUAAACACACUGUGUGUGUGUGUGUGUGUGUGUGUGUGUGUGUGUGUGUGUUAUCUAAUUUCUUUUUAACGUCAGAAACGCUUCAUAAUCUUCACUAGAACAGUUUUUAUUGUUUCAGUUAUCAAACACUGAUCUGAUACACACACACACACACACACACGCACGAGUGUAACAGUUUAGCAUGAAGAACACUGCUAGCUUAUUAUUUCAUUGUGUGUGUGUGUGUGUGUGUGUGUGUAUAAAGUAAGAUCAUAGUGUGUGGAGAACGCUCCUCCUCUCUGAUUAUAAGACACACACACUCACACUUCUCUCAGUGGAAGACGAAACACAGCGUCUGCAGCUGUCAUGAUACACACGCGACACGGAAUCACACCUGCACUACAGGUGUUAUGUUGGAGGAGUGUGUGUGUGUUGUACACACUAUUGGUGUGUGUGCUGCUGCCUGAAAUCACUCACUCAGCAAAAUCUCGGUGUGGAGUGGAGCUUAUCGCUGAUCUUCAGUUUGUUUGUGGAGACCGUGGAUUUUAUAGAGGUCACCCCGGGGCAGCGAGGAGUGCAGGAGCACGGCACAGGAGUAGAGGAAUCGUGGAGCAGUGCUGCAUUAAAGGUUGCGAUCUGCAGCAUCUAGAACAUUACUGUGCCAAACCGAAGCGAGAGCGAAGACACACACGACACACAGCGUCCAGGUUACACACUGAGGAUCAGUUCUGGCUGAUGUUCCUCAGGCGAUACGAGAGGAACCGGUUUGAGAACGAGGCCGAGCGAUUGCUGGAGAGGUUAAAGGAGCGAGCGCUGUACCACAGGAAGUCGGGACGUGACUCGCUGCUGCCGGUUAUUCCACACAAAAUCCAUGGAUUUCACCAGCGCCCAAAACGCUGCCGAAAACCACGUAACUGAAAAUGGAUUUUCUUUUCCCUCUCCGAGUGACGAAACGUCACGGUCCCGAUGAGCAACAAUCAGACAGUGAUAUUAAUAAAUCCCCAUGUAGAUGAGCUCAAGAGAUUUGAAUCACUAGUGAUGCUAAUUCCACCAUAGCAUGCGGAACAGAAAGCGAAUGCUGGUUUACGUUAAUACUGAUCCUAUUCUGAUUUUGCUUUUCCAUUACCAAAGGCAGGGGAUUUUUUAUUUAUUUAUUUUUUUUUUGAUGAUGAGAUAGAAAACAGCUGUACGGUAUGGUUUCCAGAUUUACCCGGUGUUCACACUGCAACCAGUUGCCGCGGUUUCAUCGCUAACACUUAACUAGCGCUGUUUCUUUUCCAUACAGUUACUGUUUUAUUUAUUCUGCAACUUUAGGUUGAACAUCUAGUUUAAUUAGGUACAAACUGAACAAAUAAAAUUAGCCAGCUUCUGGAUUGUGAUUGGUCAGAAGGUGUUGAUGGGUUCUCUAGAACGGCAGUUCGGAUGCUAGUGCAUGUUUAUAUUAAUGAUCAUUUCCAUAGCAACAGCUCGUUCACAGGGACGUGUUUAUGUAACAUUUGGAAGGAGUCUCCAGUGUGAGAAAGAGGAGUUUUCGCUUCUUUGUGGUUUCUCGGUAACUCGAUGUAACCAGCUGUGAUUUUGUCGUAUGAACUUAUAGAGAGAGAAUAAAGAGAGAAUCAAUGAGUGUUUAUAGCUGCUAUAAUGCAUUAUAGUCACAUGUAAUAUAAUAGACUUGUCAGUUCUGAAACCUAGCGCAUUCACAGGUGGUUAGAAUGAUCAGAAGGCUAAUGCUAACGAGAUAUGUUAACUGACAGUUUAGCUAGCGAGGACGUAGCUGCUACGCCUCGAACCAAGCACAAGAAAAUUCAGAUUGUUUUGUAACCAUGGUGAACACAUCAGCGCUAAAAUGCGGUUCCGCUUAACGUAAUUGCUACAUUUAGCCCCGCCUUGUUUUUUUUAGCCACAGGCCCCGCCCACUCCAACACUCUGACUGUAAAUCAAUGGAUCCUGCUUUUGUGUCCACUUUUUAUUCCUCAGUACAAAUUCCAUCAUUUUAAUAACGUAAAAAUAUCCAUUUAUUUACUUUUUUUUCCGUUUCAUUGACUGACAGAAUUGUGACUGCACCGUGAAUGUUUGAGUGAUAUUUGCACAUUUCCUUCAAUAAAUU